AUGAUUCGAGUGAAAACUUUCACUACAAAAAUUUUAGAGCGUAUCAACAUUGAUGUUCGAAUACAGCAAGCGGAAUUGGAGUACAGACUGGGCCGCGAGGAACUCGAGCUGCUGACUCUUCAUGAAGAGAGCAGAGCCUUGCAAACCGCCUUGGAGCUGGCUGAAACUCAAGAAAAACAGAAGAAUGAUACAAUAUUCAGUUGUAUUUCCGGCUCAACGCAAGUCACAAUCCACGCGGUCGAAGUUAGCGCGGAUCCGAAAAGUCCCCGUUUCGGAGCCGGACCGAGAAACGAUGCGAUUGGUCUCUAUGUCGACUGGGCCGUGGAGGAGUCCGGUCUUUGCAAGGGAGACAGGAUCUUGGAGGUAAACGGAAAACUAGUGGUAGGAGCGGGCAGGAGCGACUUGGCACGCCUUCUAGCCGUCGCGCCCGACGCCGCGCAGAUAGUGGUCCUUCGAAAGGGCGAAUCCCUUGCGGCGUUGCGCACCCUGCGCUCCGAUAAUCUUAGGCUGACGCACAGAAUCGGUUAUCUUGAGGAACAGGUAAGAGAUCUCCUGGCGCCGAGUAGGACCGAAGUCACCACCGAAGAUCCGCCACCAAGUCGGCAGGAACAUGUACAGGUUUUCCAAAAGGGGCCUCAAGUGACAGCACUCGUCGCGAAUCUACCUGGUCUCAACGUGAAAAGCUGCACAGAACUGCGGCAGAGCCUGCCGACCGUCCGAAGUAGACAUAGCGAUCACUCCAGGCGGCUGGCGGACUCGAAAAACCAACGUGAGCUUGACUUCUCAUCCGACGGGGUCGCGAACGGUCAUCACAAGUCCCGGAACCGACAAAAGCACCAGGGACUCCAGCUGGCCAGGUCGACAGCCAGUCUCGAUUGCAAGCAAUCGCCGAUGCAAUCGCAGAUGCAACGUCGAAGAUCACCGCGUGUCGAGUCUGCAAUGGAGCAUCUGCACAAGAGUCGCAAGAGCGGGUCGCAGCUGCAAUCGCUGGAGUUCGACUCCGAGCCGACCUACUAUCGUUUACAGGAUUCACAAUCUCGCGCAUCGGAGAAUUCAGAAAUAUCGGUGGUGUACAGUUCCCAGGAGGCGAAGACCCGUCCGGCACCACCGAAGAAACCGCUACGGCUCUCCCUGCAUCGCGCGGCGAGUCUUCAGUCUGUAGAGAGCGCUCCACCGGCCGCGUCGCAACAUGACGUGGCUCGGAAGCCAACGAAGAGGAACCACCGCGGCGAUCCACCUACGGAGAAGACGACAUCGCGGCCCGAGGCGAACGGAAACGUGAACUCGAAUUCCCAGGAGUCCCACGCCAGUCCGCCGCAACCACCCCCGAGGACGCCCUCCAGGGCGGAAUCGUGUCAGAGUGCCCUACGAUGGCCCUCCCCGAAACCGAGAGCACACUUAACGUCCAUACCGAUGGAGAAGUGGUGCUGAACGUUGGGACGUUCCAAGGACGAGAGACUGUAAAGGUGAAGAAAAGAAAGGAAGGAUAAACGAUUCCCAAGAUAGCUGCCCAUACAGCAAAACAAGUUUCAGAAAGCUUUCCGAAAGAUAACUUGGAAAUUAAUA